UUUAGUAAAGCAAUCACUGCAUUAGGAAGAGAAAGUCAAACGGUUAUUGCAAAUAGACAUGCUAAAUUAGAGAAAGACCAAAAACAAAAUACAAGAAUAUGUAUAAAUGUAAUUUAUGUGAAAGAGUUUUCUCACAAAGAGGAAAUCUUACACAACAUUAUAAUUGACUCUAUCCAUAUUAUGAAUAUUAAAUUGGAUAUAAGAUCAGCAAUACAAAAUUCAAAAUCAUUUCGAUCUUCAAAUAAUAAUCUUGAUAUUAAUGCUGAAGAAAAUAAAAUUAUUAGGACGAAUAAUUUUUCAUUAUCAGGUGAUCAAAAUUCAUCAUCACAAAUUUCACAUUUUGAAAAUGAUAAAAGGAUCAAAGAUAACGUAAUUAAAUUAUCAAAAAAUAGUGAUAAAAGUGAAAGUUCUUUUAGAAAUAUUGAAGAUUUUUAUAACGGAAGUUAUAUUACUAUACUUGAUGAUUUAAGUAGAAAUUAUAAACAAGAAACUAUUAUGUAA